AUGCAUGGGUUUUACGACGCAUCAAAUAGUGAUUACUUCCGCCAAAAAGCAACCCACCCGCACGGCUACUACAGCUAUCACCAGCACAACCGCAGCUACACCGAGAACCCCUUCUCAUCCUCCAACCCAUUCUCAUUUCACACGCAUAUGCGGCGUGCAUGGAGCAUGCCGAUGGGAUCACUACUCCUGCGUGGAUUUGUGAUGUAUCUCGGGCUCUCGGUGCUGCUGCUGCUACUCUACAGGAGGUACCGCGACUGGCUGCACGACGACGGGUGGAAGAUGGCGGAGAGUCUCGCACGGCAGGAGCAGAUGUCGGAGAUGCAUCGAUUACGGCAGGAGAUGAAUGAACGCUUACGUGCCGCACGUGAUGCUGCUGCUGCCCACAACAGUAGUGUGCGUGCAUACGUGAACCGGGGUGAGAACAACACAGAGUACAACGCCGUAAACUCGUCGCGUGGGCAUGAGCUGCGCGCGUUGGAGUACGCCCGUCGUCGUCAAAUAGAACUGUCAGAGGAGCUUAAAGGCUGGCCCCAGUUUGGUGAGGAAAAGGGAAAGCUGAUCCGUCGGGCACAGGACCCACCCGGUGUGGUUUUCUUUGAACCGCGAAAGGAGGACCAGCUUGCUCGGCAGAUGCAGACCAUGCAGCGGGGACGCGAGUGGAGCAAUAUGAAACAGGCUGCCGCCGAGACGAGCAACAAUAACAACAAAAACAACAACUCCGCUAGUAACGGACCUGCUGUUAAUACCGCUGCUGCUGCUGCUACUGUCGCUGCGACUGCUGGUGGUGCCCCUGCAGAUCGCGACGCCGUUUCUGCAAUGAAUUCAAUAUUCAGUGGGGUGUGGGGUGGUGGGCGCCGGACAACGCCCAGUUCUUCUGAAUAG